AUGGAUAAUAGUCAUUUGUUUUUUUUGAUUUGGAGAAAUAUAUAUUUAAAUUCAAAAAUAUUUAAAGAGUUGCGUAUUCAUAAAGUUAUUGGGGAUUGUAGUGUAGAGUUUGAAACUUUAGAUUCUUUUAAUAGUUUUAAAAAUAAAGAGUAUCUCAAUGACAUUACAAUUAGUUUUAACAAUGAAAAUUUGGAAUCAAUAAUACCAAGGAAUGUAAAAGAAAUCGGUUUUAAUGGAAUGCGUAAAUCCUUUUCAAAUGUACCAAGUUGGGUUGAAAGUGUCCAUAUCAAUACUUUGUUUAAAUGGUCAAUUAUUAGCACUGCAAAGAAUUUAAAAACACUUUUUGUUCACUCUGAAAUUAUUAAAGAAAUACAUAGCAAUACAAUUCCACAAUCAGUUACAGAUCUAUCACUUCAUUUAUACAAAUAUAGACUCAAAGGCGAUUUACUUCCAAAAAAUUUAGAGAGUCUUUCUAUUCAACCGAUAUCAAAAGUUUUCUUUGAAGAUAAUAUUAUUUUUCCAUCCACAUUAAAGAGGCUAAAGAUUGGUAUGUCAGUUCCCAGUUUUGAAACAAAGGUAAACCUUCCAGCGGGUUUAGAAUUAUUAUCGAUUCUUGGUUCCAUUAUUAUCAGUGAAUCCUAUAUAUUUCCACAGUCAUUAGAAGAUUUAAAGUUUAGAACGGUUGAGUUGUAUACUCCAUUGCCAAAUAGUUUAAAAAAAUUAAGUUUAUAUGUGGCAACAAAAAUUGGAGAGUCUGUAUUACCACCAAAUUUAGAACAUAUGGGUUUAAUAACAGGCAUAGAAAUGGACCCUAAAAUAAUACCCAAAAAACUAAAAACACUCCAAACCAAUAUUUCAUCUUUGGUAGAUUGGAAUGGUGCCUCAAUUUUACCAGAUACAUUGGUGAAUCUCAUAUUCUGUAAUGAUGGCCCAUCAGGUUUUAAUCAAAAGCUCACCCCAAAUAUAUUCCCCAACUCAUUGGUAUAUUUAAGUUUUGCCACAAAUUCAGGUAAGCUAAAAUAUUUUAACAAUGGCGGUGCCCCAUUAGUUGAAGAUGGCAUUUUCCCUUCAUCGUUAACCUAUCUUAAUUUAGGAAAUGCCUUUAACCAAAAAAUUGGUUUGGGUACCUUAUCACACUGUGCUGCUUUAAAAACGCUAAUCUUGGGUAGACAUUUUGAUCAAGAGCUAUCACCAGAAUCAUUGCCUAAAAGUUUAGAACUUCUUCAAAUAAAUAAUCCUCGUUAUUCUCAUCAAGUUAAAGCAAGUAGCCCAUAUACAGUUAUUAAAUGUAGCAAUAUAGAUCUUUAUUAUGAUAUCCAUUCAUCAUCACCAGAGACUAUAAGGGUACUAGCAUUGCCUGAAAAUUUCAAUAAACCACCCAAAGAAUUAAAUUUAGUGGAUAAAAUCAAUUUAGAAUAUUUGGAUCUAGGUUAUGCAUUUAAUGGAGAAUUAACUCUGGACUCUUUACCAAUAAACAAUUCAAUUAAAACUUUGGUAUUAAGUUAUGGAUAUAAUAAGAUCAUAAACUUAGAAAACUUUAAACAACUAGAAAUAAUUAUUAUAAAUGGAUCACCAGGCGAAAUUUUAACAACAACCAUAAUAGAGAAUAGUGAUGGUAGUGUUUCUUAUAAUUUUUAUUGCUUAAAAGAAAUUCAAGUAAAUUAUGACCCGUCCUUUUUAUCACAAUUAAAUCCAAUAUUCUACCCUUUCUUAAGAAAUGCAAAAAAAAAAUAUAACCCACAAUUUAUUAUUCCACAUAUAUUAACCUAG